AUGGACAAACUGAGUCAAUCCUACGUGCUGGUAAAUACGAGGCAACGAAGUUCGCAACCGCUUACGGAAACUGAGUCAUCGCCAUGGAAACGCCCGAGGGUGUCGUCACCAGUGGGAGAUGUGCCGGGAGAAAGCUUGAUCGAAAGCUCCAUAUUGGACUUAGAGGUGGAAAACGUCAGCUUGGAAGAAGGUGACAUAGGGUCGUUGGUACUGCAAGCAUCGUCGUUUUCAUCACUCAAGCAAUUCGAUCGACCUCAACGGACAACGAUGAGGGACUGUUGUAGAAACGACAGCAUGUUUAAGGACUUUCCGUGGCUUGAGGUGCGUGAGAUGCUUACCAUUUAUGGACGAGGUGUUUACGCCAAAGUAGAUAUCGCUAAAGAAAUGGCGGUUGUCGAUUAUCGUGGCUAUCAAGGACUGGUGGAAGACGUAAAAAAUUCUCUCAAAAAAUUUAAUGAAGAGGAACGCCGUAAAGUGAUCAAGUAUUGGCAUGGAUUUAGAAGACGCGGUUGCGAUUUUAUCGUACCUGCACAUUGCGACUCAUACAAGGCAACAGUAACACUUGGUCGACUUAUAGCCAGUCGAUAG